GACAGGCCGCAUCCGAGCACGCGAUACGAUUAAGUUGAGCAACAUCGCCGCAAUGGGGGACAAAAUGGACAUGUCUCUUGAUGAUAUCAUCAAGCUUAAUCGGAGUCAAAGACCAUCCGGCAGAGGCCGGGGUGGAGGACGGGGUGCUCGGGGCGGAUCGGCCCGCGGUGGAGCAGGAGGCCGAAUUGGCGGAGGCCGUGGUGGAGGAGCGCCGGGAGUCGGAGGGCCGAUGCGGUCAAGGCCUGUCCUGAGCCGAGGCGGUAGGAACCGGCCUACACCGUACAGCAGGCCGAAACAGCUUCCAGACAAGUGGCAACAUGAUCUUUUCGACAGUGGCUUCGGCGCAGGAGCUGGUAUGGAGACCGGAGGAAAGCUUCUAGUGUCAAAUCUCGACUUUGGUGUUUCUGAUGCAGAUAUUCAGGAGCUCUUUGCAGAGUUCGGAACUUUAAAGAAGGCAGCGGUACAUUAUGACCGGUCUGGCCGAAGCUUGGGCACUGCGGAUGUGCACUUUGAAAGGAAAGCAGACGCUCUUAAAGCAAUGAAGCAGUAUAACGGGGUGCCCCUGGAUGGUCGGCCCAUGAACAUUCAGUUGGUCACAUCACAGAUAGAAGCACAGAGAAGACCCAUACAGAGCCAAAGUAGGGGUGGUGGUGUCACUCGCCCACGAGGAGGAACUUUAGGCUUUGCAAGUGGAAACAGACGUGGUAGAGGGGGAAACCGGGGUCGUGGAAGGGGGGCUGGAAGGAAUCCAAAACAGCAGCUGUCCGCAGAAGAGUUGGAUGCACAGCUUGAUGCUUACAAUGCACGGAUGGACACCAGCUAAUCCCUUAUGUCAUGUUUCUAUGAUGUUGCUUGCUCUGAAGAAAAUGUCAACAAAUGGAUUUUUUUGAUUUUAUUUCCGAUAGGUUUUUAAACUCAUGUAAAGUGUUUUUUUUUUUUUUUUUUUUUUUCAAUUGUUUUUUCUUUUUGUUAAUUUCUGUUUCCGAUGCAGACCUGUUUUGUACGGAGUUAUUUUGGGACAUUUUUAUUGGUUGAAUGUUGAUGGCAGGGUGCUCUUCACCUUCCUCCUAAUAAAAAAAAAAAAUUAGAA